AAAUUAUUUUCUUCUCACCAUACCACUUGCUAGUUGCUAUACUGCUUAAAUUGUUGCAAUAAAUAAUAUGCAGCAGCCCUGUGGAAACUGAUUUGAUCAAAAAAUGAGAGGACCAGGUGGUGCAACUCCAUCACCAAUCGAGCCUCGACACCGUUUAUCGGUCACCAAUGAUGAUUCAAGUAAAAGAAGGUCAUUUGGAAGUAGAGCUUUGAAGGAUGGUGAGAAGCCGUAUCUUAGUUUUAACCAGGACAGAAAUGGAACCUGCAAAUUUCCUACUUUAAAGCUCAUUUUGGUAAUUAUUAUAUUGGGGGCAUUUUUUACGCUCUUACACUCCCCAGCUGUAUAUAACACAGAACGUCCUUUCAGUUUAGGAUCUCGGGAUAGUGUGGUAGAAAGACGGAUAAUGGAGAAAUCUCUCACAGAUGAUGAACGAUAUAUAUCCCAUUUAAAAGUUAAUUGGAACAAUAUCUUUGGAAUAAUCAAGAAGCUUCCAGACACUAAUGAGUAUAAAGGUAUUGGUUUGCUGAACUUCAAUGAGACCGAAAUUAACCAAUGGAAGAAGAUUGUACCAGAUGCUGAGCACAUACCUCUACACCUUGAUUCCGUUGCGAAAAACAUAACUUGGGAAGAUCUGUAUCCCGAAUGGAUAGAUGAGGAAGAAGAGUUUAAGGUUCCCGUAUGUCCAAAAGUGCCAAAUAUUCAAGCCCCCAGAACACCAAGAAUUGAUUUCAUAGCUGUAAAGCUUCCAUGUUCAAAGACAAGGGAUUGGUCAAGAGAUGUGGCGCGUUUGCACUUGCAACUUGCAGCUGCAAGACUUGCUGCCAAAUCUAAAGGUUUUCAUCUCGUCAGGGUGCUUUUAGUGACUGACUGUUUUCCCAUUGCGAAUCUUUUUACAUGCAAAGAGCUUGUUGUACAUAGAGGGGACGUUUGGCUUUAUGAACCAGACCUUAACAAGCUGAGGGAAAAAGUGCAGCUUCCAGUUGGGUCAUGUGAACUUUCAGUUCCUCUCAAGGCGAAAGAUUAUCGAUAUUCAGGAAAUCCAAAGCGAGAAGCUUAUGCCACCAUUCUCCACUCAGCUCACAUUUAUGUAUGUGGGGCCAUUACAGCAGCACAAAGCAUUCGUAUGUCUGGCUCAAUCCGAGACUUAGUCAUACUAGUCGAUAAGACAAUAAGUGACUACCACAGAGAAGGACUCGAAGCUGCAGGCUGGAAAGUCCAUACAAUAGAAAGGAUUAGAAACCCAAAAGCUGAAAAGGAUGCAUACAAUGAAUUUAACUAUAGCAAGUUUCGUCUAUGGCAGCUAACCGAUUAUGACAAAAUCAUCUUCAUUGAUGCUGAUUUGCUUAUUCUUAGAAACAUCGAUUUCCUCUUUGAAAUGCCUGAAAUCACUGCCAUUGGAAACAAUGCUACCCUUUUUAACUCUGGUGUGAUGGUGGUUGAACCAUCUAACUGUACAUUCAAGCUGCUAAUGGAUCAUAUUAAUGAAAUUGAAUCAUAUAAUGGUGGAGAUCAAGGGUACUUGAAUGAGAUCUUCACUUGGUGGCAUCGAAUCCCUAAACACAUGAACUUUUUGAAGCAUUUUUGGGAAGGCGAUGAGCCAGAAAAGAAAGAAAUGAAAACACGAUUAUUUGGAUCUGACCCGCCGGUUCUUUAUGUUCUUCACUAUCUAGGCCUAAAACCAUGGUUAUGCUUUCGUGACUAUGACUGCAACUGGAAUGUGGCUAAAAUCCAAGAGUUUGCUAGUGACGUUGCACACGCACGAUGGUGGAAGGUUCAUGAUGCAAUGCCUGAGAAUCUGCAUAAGUAUUGUUUGCUUAGGUCAAAACAAAAGGCGGCUUUAGAAUGGGAUAGACGGGAAGCUGAGAAAGCUAAUUAUUCAGACGGGCACUGGAAGAUUAAGAUAAAGGAUCCUCGUUUGGAGACUUGUUUUGAGACAUUUUGUUUCUGGGAGAGUAUGCUUUGGCAUUGGGGUGAAACAAAUUGGACAGACAAUGCCACAACAAAUGCUCAGCCUCCACCGGUCACAAUGGCACUGCCGUCAUUGUAAUGAUUGGAGUAUUGUUUGAAGAUAGUUGUUUCUAUACUUUGAGGAGGGAUCACUUCACAUUGAUUGUUAGGCGGUUGAUAUGUGAAAAG